ACGGGUGCUCGGGACCAACCGUCAGCUCCGUUGUGCGUGCGUGCGUGUGCGAAACCGAGACAGCUACAUCCCGCAGUGACAUUUGCCAGCAGCCGGAGCGAGCACGCAAGAGCAACAGAAAACGCGAGAAAAAACAGGGAGAAAAAUAAAAUUUCAGCAGCAGCAACCAGCGCCAGCACCGUUCGUUUGCGUCUCGGCUGUGUACACGCGCGACUUAAAAAAGCUGUGAGUGAGAGUGUGUACUGAAAACCCGGCGAUAACAACCUCCCCGUUUUCCCAACCCUCUACUCGAAAUCCUUCCAGCGUGUUUGCGUGUGUGUGUGCGUGCGUGCGUGAGUGUAUGUAAUCGCGCGCGUUUCGAUAAAACGGGUCCCGGUGCAUCCGUGUGUAUCGUGGUUCGGUGCAUUACGCGCGUGAAUUUUUGGUUUUUCGUCCCCCGGUGGUAAUCCUCCCCCGUGGUCAUCGCAGACCGACGUGUUUUGUGUGUUAGUUGUACAAGAAACGUAUCAGUGAAAAACGCAGGAUCAGUGAAAAACGGAAGCAGUAAGCCCUCCCAAAAAGCACAGCCACCUUGACUGAUUUUACAAUACAACGGAGCGUCUCUGCGUGGCUGUGAGUGUGUGUAACGCGAAAGUGCAUUACAAGUUGCAGCUGUGGUGAAGAUAAACGAAGCAAGCAACUGGAACACGAAAAAACACACCGCCACGGAUUGGCUUCACAGCUUCACAUCGGCGUAAUCUAAUCCCGAUCGGAUCCCGGACGUGCACGGUGAAGUUUCAUUCGGGCACAACUCGGACAAAGACGCGCACCGGCUUGACAGAGGCUACGGGGCGAGCAACCGGACGAGAUAAAUCGUUGUUAUUCUUUUCUAAUUAAGAAAUUGAAAAGUGUAACGCAGCCCGCAAACACAUGAAGGACGUUUGUUCGGCCGUGUACGAAGACAAACAAGAGCUGUGAGGAACGGACGAAGAAAAAAAAAAGCAAGCGAGAAGUACAUAACGCAACACAUAAACCUCAUUAAAAGACAACAAACACUGCGAGACGAGGUAGAAACAGAAAGGCAGGAGAGUUAAAAAAAACAGCUAGAAGAAUCGAAGCGCUACAAGACGCGUUAUCACUAGCGGCCGUACGAAAGCGGCAGCAUUUUGAACCAUUUGGGUGCUUUAAUCAUUUCUAUUUGCGCUAAAGCCACCGAGCCUAACCGCCGGCCACUUGUCUGCUUAUUUGUUCUGGAAAAAGAACUCCAUCCUGCGAGAGAGACAUACCGAGGGAGAGCGAAAGAGAAACAGACGCCUUGCGAACGGUGAAAAUAACGCAAGUUAAGAUAAAUUUCUUUUCUUCCUCGUCGAGUACAGCGAGGAAAGGCAUUUGACGUUUGCUCAUCCCGACGCCAGAGACAAAGGAAGCGGACCUCAGCAACCUACCGAUCCCCGAUCUCAUCUCAGGAGUGUGUAUUCAUCGCUCGGCAACGAAACCGGACCGUUCCUCGCCGAUCCCUUCAACCCCGUCAAACAUAUACACACACAGAGCAGCAUGGGCAAGCAAAACAGCAAACUGAAGCCGGAGGUGUUGGAGGACCUGAAGCAGAACACAGAAUUCUCAGAUGCUGAGAUACAAGAAUGGUACAAAGGCUUCCUGAAAGACUGCCCGAGCGGUCAUCUGUCGGUGGAGGAGUUUAAGAAAAUUUAUGGCAACUUCUUCCCCUACGGCGACGCCAGCAAGUUCGCCGAGCACGUGUUUCGGACGUUCGACGCCAACGGUGACGGUACGAUCGACUUCCGGGAGUUCCUGUGCGCACUGAGCGUUACGUCGCGCGGCAAGCUAGAACAGAAGCUGAAAUGGGCAUUCUCCAUGUACGAUCUGGACGGUAACGGAUACAUCUCCCGACAGGAAAUGCUGGAAAUUGUAACCGCCAUCUACAAAAUGGUCGGCUCGGUGAUGAAAAUGCCGGAAGACGAAAGCACACCGGAGAAGCGGACGGACAAAAUCUUCCGCCAGAUGGACCGCAACAAGGAUGGCAAGCUGAGCCUGGAGGAGUUCAUCGAGGGAGCAAAGAGUGAUCCGUCGAUCGUGCGGCUGUUGCAAUGUGAUCCGCAGGCGCAGUGAGCAAUUCCAUGCUGAAACAUGCUCCCUACACCUACACACGCAAGCAACAGUGCACCUCAACAGACAAAACAGACACAGAAGCUUGAGGCAGAAACGAACAGCAAACACUACAAGCGCAACUUCCAAAAAAACACAAACAAAAACACACAAGAUAACAAAUAUCCGACACGAAUUGAAACAACAACGUUCAGCAACACUCUUGUACACACAAACAACCAAACAAAAGCAACAAAAGCGUAUAUACAUAUACAAACAUAUAAAUAUACCUAUAAUUUCUCCUUACACACUCAAACUUAACAUUUAAAGCAUAUAAAGUACGAGUUGAUAUGAAUCAAAACAAAACAAAACAAAAAAAACAUCACGCAAAACUAGCUAAACUCCAUCAAAAUUCCUCAAACGUUUUAAUAUAUAUUGUAAAUUGAGAUAAACAGCAUAGUAAGAGUGCAUCCGUGUAAAAUUGAUGAUGUGAAUUCGUACGAAUUGAUUAUUAAUUAUUACCGCCAGCUAGUACGGAACGGAAGGUUAACUAUUUUAAAAAAACAAAACAAAAAAAGAACACACGGCAGCAUUAACGGCUGCGACAGAUAAUUGUAAUCAAUUAAAGGAAACGUUAAACAUUUAUCCCCAUUUCUUUCUACUUCUUGAUCGAAAUUUUUAUCUGUCCAAUGUGUGUGAUGUGUGUGUGUGUAUGUGGUUGCGAUUUGAUCGCAUAACCAUACAAAAAGCAAACUUAGACCGCAAAGAGAGGUCAGAUAAUAUUACAAAAUUUAUUGUGCAAAAAACAAAAACUGUUACGCACCUGCAAACGGCAAGGUUGUCCUGUAUGAUUUUGCCCAUUUCUAGCUUAAUUUUUGCAUUGAUUUACUAUACACACAAUGUGAACAUUUUCACCCUUUAAGCAAUGCGAUAAUGAAGUUAGUUUAGGAGUAAUUUUUCUUCCUAUAUAUCUCAUCGACUAAUUGAGUAAUUAGUAUGCUCUUACGUACUGUUUGGAUAAUCUCAGGAUACACGAAUUUCAAAGCACAUACUAGGUUAGAUAUUGUUCGCUCUAACGUGCGAGGUUUUUUAGUUUUCGUUCAAUUAUUUCAUUACAAAACUGUAUCGCCAUCACGUGCCACCUUUAAUCAACUACAUUAAAACAAACAAUAGCAAAUCGGGGUGGGCCAAUGUAAUGACACGCAACACAACACAGAAAACGUGCAAAACUUGUAGUUUUUUUCUUCUUUGCUGUUUCCUUCUCUGUUCGGCGAUGCUUUCUUCGUUACAUUGAGUUGAGCCAAGGCCGAUGCUUUGUACACUGGACAGGGAAGAGGUACGGCAUUUGUAGCAAGACGGUACGCGUGUGAAUGCAGCUCCAGACAUUACACCGGCUAGUCUAAAGAAACUAACAAAUAGUCUUUUACCUCUUCACACAGCACAGCAGCAUGCGCAUUGUGGUCCGAUUAAGCCACCACUGUCAACGCAUUAGGUAUAUACUAUAGUAGUCAAUCGUGAUGACUAUUGCGUUAGCAGUAUAUUAAUUCAUUUCACUGUGGUUUCGAUCGAUGCUGUGCUGUGUGGUUAGCGAGAACAAGCAAACAACAACUACAACAAAAUCGCAAGCUUCGCAUAACUCAACUCAACCACAAACAACGAUCACGAAAGCAUCGCAAACAGAACGAAUCGCAAAAAGAAAAAAGAAAAGCGUCUAAUGAAACAAUAAACUGUUUGUGGAACACAGAAAGGAACAUCAGCACAACACAAGCAAUACAACUCACACACACGAACACACCAUCACGCAUAAAUACUGCUAGCAACAACAAAAACAAAAACAGAUAAAUGGAAUUUAUCGCUGCCUCCGCGAAUUCACCUAGCAAAAACAGAAAUGCCCGAUGGAUCAACCAGUGUGCAGUGAGAAUCGAAUGCUCAAGUCAAACUCACUCACUUCGCUCACUCACUCACUCACUCAACGCAAAACCGGUAGAACACGUGUGGGAAGUAGUCCUAGUACGCGUCAGUAUACGGACGUAAAAGGAAAAGAACUGUCAAAACUGUCAAGUGUGUAGUACUCACGAAACAAUCGAAUGAACGUGUGUUUGAGUGAAAGCGUGUGAAAACAAACAUCAUAGCUCCUACAGCUAAGCUUGUCUGUAGCGACAGAGAUAAAGCGGACAGGAUUAACAAACAAAACAAGAAAAAAAAAAACUGUACGGAAUUGACAGCUACUUUUUUGCGUAUCGAAAACGCAACCAUACCAUGUGUACACAUGGUAGUGAGAACACGAGUCGUGUGAAAGCCUAAACCCGUAGUCCAAUCGUAACGGGGUGAGUAGCAGGAAAAAACAAAUAGCCACAACAGUUCAGCCAUAGAAUGUUCGAUUUGCAAACACGUUGAUCUUCCGAUUAGUGCGUAACGCGGAUGCUAGAUAGCAAGUUGCGUAGGUUUUAUUUCAAAGCUCCACUCCGUAUACACGACUGGCUGUAUAACCCUUUCCGCUCCGAAAAAACAAAAUACCAAACAAAAACAAAAACAGAACGCUAUCCACACUCAACGGCCGAAAAGCAUUUCGACGAUAUUUCCACUCGGAAUUCAAUAGUUUGUAGCUAUACUUCUUGCAACGUAUUUGCUACUUUCUUUCCCUCCAAGUGUUGUAUUAUCUUACGCGUGUAGCAAAACGAUGAUUUUACACAUAUUCUUUUCAUUUUUCCUUUCCGUCAUUCACACCGCACCAUUCACCGUUGAGCGACUGAGGCCGAUCGCCGUAUAUCAUAUACGUGAACAUGGUUUAUUACUAUUUUUAUAAUAAUUAUUAUCAUUAACUAUAUUAUCCCAGCUGCUGAUUUCUCUAUGCAGGCGAAUGGAUUAAAAUCCGUUAAUUUGCAAUUUACAUUAUUUAUUAUUGUUAGCCACGCUACGUUGACCGUACACGGUUUUAGAUGCGAUUUCAUCUGCUCCUUUCUCAAUUAUUUUUUUUUUUGUGUUUUGCUGCAACGAUAUAAUAUUUAUGAUUUAAUCAUUAUGUGCAAAUGUACUACACGUCGAAAUAACAGUGAGUUUGUUGAGCUUUAAACCUUUAGAACCCGUUUAGUUCGAUGCUCCAGGUUAGGAUGGAUUAGGUUUAAGGUAUUUCGUUUAUUUUAAUUUUUUGUUCUCUUUGUUCUGUUUCGCACCAAUGUACUUUAUGCUUUUGUUUUGCUGCACCGUCAAACCAUUUAGAUAUUACAAUUCGGUUGCGCUCUUGGUAUUUCGAACCGGAACGAGAAAUAUUUAACUGAACAGAUCUGAGAAAAAAGAAUCCAUUGAGUGUAUCAGCGAAGCAACAAAACACAAUUUAUAACGAAUUUAUGAAUUUACCUCUCGCGUAAUCUCUACAUAUUUAGCAGUUUUGUUUCUCUCUCUCUCUCUCUUUGUCUCUCGUGAUGAAAUAUCCAUCCUUUCUCUCUAUCUCUCUCAGACGCGUACACUGUAAUGAGUAGAUUUCCUUUUUGUCUUUUUGCUUUUGUGUUGUAUGCUUUCGCUUUCUAUAUACAGUGGUUAAAUUUAAAGAAAAAAAACGUCAACAACGCAGCAAAUGACAUUUUAUGAACGGGUGUGAACCUCCACAUUUCGGACACAGAAUCAACCAAGAAAGGUACAUUAUUUCGAGUGCAUACAUACAAACAUACAGCUACACAAUUGUUGAACGGAUAGAGAAAUAUCGCGAAUGGUACGAUCGUAUAUAAGUUUGUACAGUCUCUUUUGAUUAUUAUACAUUAAAACUUUUUAUUUUAUUUAAAGCGUUCUGCUGAGUGUUGAUGCGUUUGCUUACCGUUAGUUUCGUUGCUUGAAACUUUAUUUUACUGUAAGAAAUGAAAGAAAGAUUGUGUCUUUGAUUUGCAUUAAUUUUUUUUUCUUUUACGUUUGUUUUCAGUUACUAGUACUAACCCCUCGAAUUCCAUCGUUAAUGAGAUGAAUGUUUCGAAAAAGCGAAAAAUACGAUUUAUAUUUUUCAAUUAGAUUUCCUAGCUAGUGUUUCUAACUACAUAUACUCAUCACUAAAAUUCAUUAACGAAUAAGCGCAGUUGAAAGUGUAUACAGCAAGAAGGAUGUGCGUUCAAUCUUCUACACUAAAUCUAUACCUGUUAGUUGAGUUGUUUCUAGUUAGUAUUCACUAUUCACUUGAUUGUAACUCGUAGCAUUUCCAGCUCUGUCUCUCUAUCUUCCCUUCUUAGCAAAGCAUUGUUACAAACACGAACGUUAGAACAUAUUUCCAAUGGCGAAAGGAAAGAACAACCGCAAAAAAAGGAAACGAAAAAAACAUAACAUUUACGUAGAGCUUUUACAUUAUAACAUAUCGAUACAUACGUACCGCGUGUUUUUUCCGAGUGUUCCUCCUUCUUCUACCUUAUCUCUUACACUUACGAUCGGUUUGAAGCCGUUCGAUAACAACAACAACAAAAAAGUUCAAGUUUUAAUCAACGUAGAAGAAAUUGUUUUAAUCUCGGCUGCAUCACUACCAAGAACGGGACAAAUUUUUAACAAUUUCCAUUCUGUUUAGAAUAUCUCUCGUCUCUCAUUCUCCUUCCGCGGCCUAGCAUGAAGAAGAAAAAAAAGUUAUACAUUUCAAAAUCAUCAUAUUUCUUCCGUUGUACAUCAUUUUACUUGUGCUUAAAAACCUAGCGAUUUGAAGACCCCUUGACACGACUAAUUUUCCCCCAUUUUAGAACUUUUCUUGUUGCUUAACAUUUAUACAUUUUGAAGUAUCAUCCAUUUAAAAAGAAACGAAAAGAAAGACAGUAACGUUAAUCAGCAAGCGUCUUACGAUCGGCAUACAAAAUAACCAAAAAACGAUAGACGAAAAGUAUUGUAUUGCGUAUAUUCGAACAUGAUUGGCUACGUUGCUACGUUCCGUGCAGGAAUUACAUUUUGUCGUGAGCGAAAGAGAGUUAAGUAUUUAUAUAAGACAUACAAUUGAAUUGAAUGUACCUCCAGAUAUGAAGUUGCUAUAAACAAAAACAAAAACAAAACACGCUAGUUAAGCAAAGCGACAGCGACGAAAUUGCGCUCCAUCGCCUAAAUAAAUCGGGGACACAAAUGGGCCCUGCCAGAAGCUAGGAUCAAUAAUCAAGGAUCUACCCUUCCUGUUCCAUCAGGAAAGAAGGAAUGAAAAGCCUAAAAUGAAGUACAUUAUUAAACGGGAAAAGAAUAUUACUACUAUUAUGAUUGAAACAAACAAACAAAACAACAUAUAUAAUUAAGUAAACGAUUAUGAUGAUUAAACUACUAAACAACACAACAACGCGGUGACAUUUGAUUGACGUUUUAGGACACAGGUGUGAAAAGGGGCGUGUAAAUUGAAACGAUGGAAAGCAAAAGUCAGGAACAGCACUAGAGAGAAAGGAAAGGAAAACUCUUACCGUGUCAUUCACUUCUACAAAACAAACGAACAAACAAAAACCGGUGGGCACACAUGAAGUUUGUAUCGGUGCGACAGUUUCGCUGUACGUGAAGGCAGUACUACAGUAGUAAAACGAUUAAAGAGAGCAAGAAACUGAGCCUAGUACGCUAGCAUACCGCCGGAUGAAUUGUUAAUAUAUCUUUACAUCACCCGGAAGCCCGGAAAUCAUGGAUGGAAAACCGAACAGAAAAUGCAUAAGCAAGGGAAAAGGCUACUAAGCAAGCAAGCAAACAAACAAACAAACAAACAAAUAUAUAUAUAUACACUUAAAAGAGAGAAUUUAACGUAAUAAAGUUAAUGCAGCUAGAGAAGAAUACAACUGACAUAGAUAAGCAACAAAAGAAGCACACUUACACGCGUGCAUGCACACCACAAACACAUACAUACGCACGACAAAAGCACUGCGUAAGGAAGCAAAUGAAUUGAGACAAGUGAUCAAUGAUCAACUGCUCCCCCGUUGCAAGUUUUGCAGUAUGCGUGUAUGUGUGUAUGUGGGGGUGUGUGUGUAAAUGCAUUUAGAUAGUAUUUUGGAAGUAACAUUAGCAAAUAUGGUGUAAAAGAGGGCUAGCAAACCCACAGGCUCUACAUCUCUACAGAACGAUAGGCAAGCCGCAUCCAAAAACCGUGUUGAAAGGAAAAGAAAGUAAUCAAUGGAUCAAACCGAAGGAAGGAUACAAUUUAUCUCAAGGCAGGCGAAAGCGAGACACAACUACCUGAUUUAUGGAGUGCACCACUAGCUGUUGGCAACAAAAAGAAAACUGCAUUAUUCUAUAGUUUAUAUAUUGUCCGAUCCAGCGUGCGGGAAGUGAAAGAGAAUUACUCGAGAACUAGUGUAAACGAAAGUGCGACACCUGCUUUUCCGGCAUUGGGCAUGACCGGAACGGAUGCACAAUAUGCAUGGAAAGAGGGAAGCAAUAAGUUUAGGAUUGUAUAUUUUUCUAUCCGGAAGAAUCUGCGCUCUUCUAUCUGCUCAUUACAUUUAAACAAUAUUUUACACCGGAAAAGAGUGAAACUAUUCAACUUUUAGUUUACUUCAUAUUAAGCUAUUUAUUUUACCAAACUUUCGUUUGUUCUCCACCCUCUCAACAUACAUAAUCUACACUUGUUAGAUAGAUAGGCGAACGACAUUAAAGUACUACUCUUGAACUCCAUAGUGUAUACUCGAAACCAUCUAUGACGCGUUGUUUAAGCUCGAAGGAAUUUUGGGCUGGCUGUGACAAUUUGCAGCAGCCAUCGUUUUCCACCAUUUUAGACAUGGCUACCGUACCGUAGUACUAAAAUCCUCUCUCUCCCUUUAGCCGUUUCCUCUCCCUUCUGGGUCUGCGUGUUAGAGCUGUUGGGCCCACCGAAGCGGUACUAACCUUCCAGCUAAAAUCCAAAAAUUCCGCUACAAAACUAACAACAAAAACACGUUAAGAAAUGUUUCUCUCACUCUCUCUCUCUAUCUAUCUCUUAAAUCACUUGACAGUAAAAUAAGCCAUCUUUGCAUGGAGCAAGAGUUAGUAGAUGUAGUGCAAAGUUGAUGGCCUGUUAUGCUAUAGAGCCAAACGGUCAAACAUUUAUGCCCGUUAAGCCACGUAACGAAACAGUUCCAACAGUAACAACAGAAAAAAAAGAAAAUUAAAACAAUUUAAUCCAGUUUUUCGACAGUGGUAAGUGGUAAACAGAGGGUCUUUAAGCGGUAUUGAUAGUAGCGAUAAUGGAAACAGAUCUUAAAAUCGAUAAUAUCCACCUUUUUGAUGCACAACUUCGUUUUACCACUACAUUUUACCUGUUUAUCUAUUAUUGUUCAAAAAAAAAAAGAUGAAACAAACAACAACAAAACCUUUAGUCUUAAUGCAAAUAAUGCAAAGCGGGAUGCAUCGGUGAAUGGAACAGCAAACAUUCAAGUAACGGACACAACAACAACAAAAAAGAAAAACAAACGACAAAUAAAAAUCAAAUAGAUACCUUUUUGAAGCUAACAGAGUAAACAAACGAAAAAAAGAGAUAAGAAAAAAAGCAUACAUACAAUACAACUAAAACGAUAUAAUCCCGUCUUAAUGGACUUUGCCUAGUGAUUUAGUGAAAAAAAAAACAAAAA